ACUAAAUAUGUGGCUCAAAUUCCACCUUCCUUCUGAUGUGGCACUCCAAACCUUCCUCAACGGAUCAACAACAAUCAACCACACUCUCACACUUUUUCACAACGUGUCUCUCUCUCCUCUCUCUCUCUAGAACCACUUUUACAGUUUUUACUUUUUUCCUCUUUCUAGACAAAAAAAAACCUUUUUAUCUGUUUUUAGCAAUAACCACAAAAAAACACAGAAAUGUUGGAGACAAAAGACUCUGCGAUCAAACUCUUCGGAAAAACAAUUCCGGUUAAGGAGAUUCUUGUCGGUCUUUCACCUUUGUCUUCUGCUGAUGUUGUUGAUCACAUUAUUCAUCAUCACAAUCAUGAUUCUUCUACAAACUCAUCUACAGAGUCUCAUAAUACUAUUGAUGCAAAAGAGCAAGAGAUUCAUAAGGAUACAGUGGGAGAAAAACCGACUGAUGAAAAGAACGAAGAUGGAGUCCCAACGCAAUCGAAUGAAGAAUCCACCAAUCCAGAUGCGGCCUCUAGAACUGGCGAAGAAUCUGUUACUGCAUCCACUGAAAAAGAGGUUGCUACAUUGAAAGCUUCAAAGACUGAAGAAGAACAGGACGAAACGAGCAAUUCACAGGAAAAGAGCCUCAAAAAACCCGACAAAAUAAUCCCGUGUCCGCGCUGUAGUAGCAUGGACACGAAGUUCUGCUACUAUAACAAUUACAAUGUCAACCAACCUCGCCACUUUUGCAAGAAUUGUCAGAGAUAUUGGACUGCCGGUGGAACCAUGAGAAACGUACCCGUAGGCGCUGGUCGCAGAAGGAACAAGAGCUGUUCCUCUCACUACCGACAGAUAACUGUCUCCGAAGCAACACUCCAGAAUUCUCGGAUACACCCUUCCUUGAAAUGCAACGGGACAGUCCUUACAUUUGGAUCCGAUUCACCGUUAUCUGAAUCAAUGGCAUCUGUUUUGAAACUUGCUCAUAACCCUGAAGAACUAAGAAUUCAUCUUCCUCGUGCAAGUGAAGAAAAAGGCGACGAUCAAUCCAAUAAAUCAUCGGUUACCUCCGUAAAGUCGACAGACGGUGCAAGCAAGAACUUAUCACAAGAACAAGCUAGACAGUACAGCCAAAGCUUCCCGCCACAAGGUCACUACUUCCCUCCCGGAACUCCUUGUCCUUUCCCAUGGAAUCCAAUGCAAUGGAGAUCACCGGUUCCACCACCUGCGUUUUCUCCAACGGGAUUUUCUUUGCCGUUCUAUCCCGCAACAACUUACUGGGGUUGUACCGUGCCAGGUGGAUGGAACGUCCCGUGGCAAGCACAACCGUCGUCCCCAAACGCCGCCCGCCCAAACUCUAGUCCAAACUCUCCAACCUUAGGUAAACAUUCAAGGGAAGACGGUAGGAAAGAAAGUAGCGAGGAAAAGUGUCUGAGGAUCGAUGACUCGGGAGAACCAGAAAAAAGCUCUUUCUGGACAACACUCAGGAUUAAAAACGAUGACACCGCCAGUCCAGUUCCAUCGGGAAGACUCUUUCACGCAUUCCCUUCAAAGCCAGACAAGAAAAAUGAGUCGGAGUCUGACCAAGCAUCAUCCGUCUUGCAAGCCAAUCCGGCCGCAUUGUCUAGGUCGCAUAACUUUCACGAGACUUCGUAACAAGUUCGCCUAUAAAUAUCGGCGAUCAUGUUUUCCAGUGCCUCAAACUGUAAAACCAGUUUUGUUCAUCAACCUUGUUGAAUGCUGAAUGCCAACCGAAGAAGUUCAAACUGAACAAGAAUCAGAUUAAGUAGUUCAUGUACAUAUACAUAUACAUAUAUAAGUUUAUAUGACAUAGUGAGUUUUUCUCCAAGACCUCUUUUGUAGAUAAAUAAGAAUAAGAAUGAGGGGUUCAACUUGUAAUUUUUGUUCUGGUGUCUUUCUUUCAGAAUGCAAUGAAUCUACUCAUAUUAGAUGUUUUUAUUA